AUGGCGGACAUGAGACUUCCAACUCUGCGAAAACCACUGGCUUUAUCCGUCUCCUUCUUCGAUCGGAAGGACUUGGUUGUUCCCGGAGAUGUGAUCACUUCGGACACUGGGUUUAUGAGGGGUCAUGGUACUUACGUGGACGAGGAGAAGUUGACUGCGUCUGUCGCUGGUGAAGUUCAGAGAGUGGACAAACUAAUCUGCGUCAGCCCUCUUAAAACCAGAUUCAACGGUGAAGUGGGAGAUGUCAUUGUCGGGAGAAUCACAGAGGUUCAACAGAAACGGUGGAAAGUGGAAACAAACUCCCGGUUGGACUCUGUGCUGAUGUUGUCGUCUGUGAAUCUUCCCGGAGGAGAGCUGAGGAGGAGGUCGGCAGAAGACGAACUCACCAUGAGAGAAUAUCUUCAUGAAGGAGAUCUAAUUAGUGCAGAGGUGCAGUCGGUCUUCUCUGACGGAGCGUUAUCACUUCAUACAAGAAGUUUAAAAUAUGGAAAACUGGGGCAGGGUGUGCUGGUGCAGCUCUCCCCGUCGUUGAUCAAAAGACAGAAGACGCACUUUCACAACCUUCCAUGUGGAGCCUCCAUUAUCCUCGGCAACAAUGGGUUUGUCUGGCUUUAUCCCACUCCGGCUCAACAGGAAGAGGAGGCUGGGGGCUUCUACACCAGUUUAGAGCCGGUGAGUAUUUCUGAUCGAGAAGUGAUUUCGAGACUGAGGAACUGUCUCCUGGCGUUGGCUGCUCACAAAGUUCUUCUGUUCGACACCAGCGUCCUUUACUGCUAUGAGUCCUCUCUUCAUCACCAGGUGAAAGACAUCCUGAAGCCAGAGGUCAUGGAGGAGGUGGUUCUACUCACGCAACAGAAGCUCCUGGAACAUGAAAGCUAG